UUGUCAGAAACUUUACGUUUUGAUGUUGCCUCACGAAAACAUGCAAAGGAUAUAUUACAAUAUCUGAUUGAAGAAUUCCGCAAAGACGAACCAAUCUCGAAGUCCUUAGGAGUGACUCGGAACGAUAUCUAUGAUUUCUUCUAUGAUCUGGCAAGAAACGGCACUCAUGGAAAGUACUCCACUGUUGUGUAUGAUGAGAGUAAGUUAAUCGGUUUGUCAUUGUGCUCUCUCAGAAUGCAGAAUGAAGGAGAUCCAGGGGAUCUGCCCGAUGUUGAUACUGAGCACCAUGACUAUGCAGAAAAGAUCCGCAAAGGUCCUUAUAAACAACACAAGUCAAAUCAAUUGUUUACUUACGUGACAACACUCGAACUUCAUCAAAAACGACUACUCGGCAUUGAAAGUAAAGUGUUCAAUGUAGAUGUUUUAGGGGUUCACAAGGACUACAGGAGGCAGGGUUUGGGUAAAAAGCUUUUGCGAAUCUCAAUUGACAAAGCUCGGAGUGAAGGCUGCCAGUGGAUAGCGAGUUGUGCAACUGCUUGUGCUUCUGCAAAUAUUUUAGCAAGCAUGGGAUUCGAAGUGCUUUACGAAAUCCCGUAUUCCCACUUUCGCGAAAACGGAGAAGUGGUUUUCCGGAAUCUUCACGAUAGAUGCCUCGCAGGGAAAUUCAUGGCUUUGCGAUUGAGAAGCUAA